GUGGUGGCAUAUCUACAUUUUGUCUGCUGGUGCUGAUAAUUUAUCCAUACAAGUUGGUUUUGCAACUUUCUUUUAUCAGAUCCAAUUCCAUGUUAAAAUAACUGCAUGUUUCUUUUCAGGGGAGCUGAUGUAGUCAUUCUGAACACUGGGCUUGGGAAUGAAGAAGUUCAUAAAAAGAUCAAGGAACUUCUACAUGUUGAGAUGCCUACGGCUCCUAAUGGCUCUAGUGACACCCCAUCCAUUUUGAGCUGGCUUCAGGAUGAAAAAAAUGAGGGAAGCAGGCUAAGGCAUUUUAAGGUAUUUUCAGUUCCCUCUUUCGAGAAUGAUAGCAUUGAAAAGCAAUGGAGGGUCUUUUAGGAAGAAAUUAAAGGAGUUUGGCUUUGCUCUACAAGACUCUCUUGCAUAGAGUGGUAUCAUAAAUGAGACUAUCUAUCCACAGUAAUGCCAGCAGAUACCCUUUUUCUGGUGUUGCAUUAUUAUAUUUUCUGUUCUUUUAUCAUAAUUAGAUAGGGACUGUGGCAAGUCUAACAAGUCUACUUGUUCCUUCCGGCGAAAUUUGCAUUUUUUAUUGGUCCUUUGUUGGUCCCUUUUUGCUGAAAUACAAGAUGACUGCAAAUGCUGUGGUCAGGCGUCAUCUACUUGGUGGCUGGGGUGAUUGAUAUACCCGGUGGUAAGGUGGUAGUCAUAUGUUAAAACUAAAGAUUUUCCUACUUGGUCCAAGUUAGUAAGUUUCACUUAUAAUUCUUGUGCUUGCACAUAUUUGAUUUGAACAGUUUGAUGGAUUUUAUUAACUUGUUAAUUACAUGAAUCAAGAGCAAUACUUAUACAUCAGAUCUCUAAAAGGGUUACCCAAAUACUCCCUUUUAAGCACCAUGGAGUUCCAGUAUCAUCACUCUUUCAUCCCACUCGUUCUAUCUUUUUUAUUGCAACAAAGAAGACUGUUCAUGUAUAUGAUCUGCUGAUCUGCUGAAGCAACAGCUCAUGAAAAAGCUUGAUACUAAGUUGCGUGAUGUAUCAUCAAUUGCAGUUCAUCCUGCUGGUAUUUCUCACUGGUUUUUCACAGAUUUAAAUUUAAUUUGUUAGCACCAUUUCUUGCUCCCUUUCCUCAAUUAUCCACUGAAUACAUGGACUUGCUUUCCAUGCUGGUGAUAAUGUUAUUGUGGGGAGUAAAGAAGGAAAAUUAUGUUGGUUUGACAUGGACCUUUCUUCCAAACCUUGCGAAGCCCUCAAGUAUGUCAUCUUAUUUGAAACUAGAUAUAUUCUGUAGUUAUCUCAUUUAUCAAUGUAUUUCUUUUGCACUGCAAUUAGUUAACACAACUCAAUGUUACUUUAAUUUUGGUAUAUAUUACCUAUUCUUGGUUCUUCUCAGGUGUCAUCCUAAUGACAUUACAAAUGUAACCUUCCAUCUUUCAUAUCCCUUAUUUGCAUCUUGCUCGGAUGACUGCAUGGCAUAUGUUUUUCAUGGCAUGGUUUAUGCUGAACUUAACCAGAAUCCUCUUAUUGUACCCUUAGAAAUUCUAAGAGGGCAUACAACUUCAAAUGGAAGAGGUGAGUGCUCUGACUUUUAUGAAUUUUUUCUCCCUAAUAAAUAGACAACAAAAAUGUGGAUUGCAAGAGUAGCAAGAAAUGGAUGCGCUUAAGCUAAUGAAAUGGAACUUGCCUAAGCAUACAUGGUUAACGUGGGUACUGCCUGUUAGGAUUUUAUAUAUAUGACUUUAGGAUUAUCAAUUGCAGAAUUCAUAUGUGACCAUUAAUCGACAUACAUAAAAGCUACUUUUGUGACUGAUGGUUGUUGCAUUACAGGAAUUUUG